CCCCGGGGUCCUACGCGGAAAUUGCUAGCGGAACUCUGAAACUUGCGCCGCUUUAACCACUCUCGUCUCGUGCGACCUUCUUCCCCCCACCCUCCAGAUCUCGCCAAAACUCUACCGGAACGGGCGCGCUCCCGGCAUUUUCUCCAUAGCCCUCGUCGCGGACGAAGGCAGUAGAUCCGGCGGACGGCGGCCCGGCGCAUCUCCUCGCCUGCGAAGGUGCAUAAUUUGCUGGCUUGUGUUAGUUCGGGGGACCAACAAAGUUACUGAAAAUGGUGGUUCUUGCUGCUUCCAUCAUCUCAAAAUCUGGAAAAGCACUUGUUUCAAGACAGUAUGUUGACAUGUCUCGAAUUAGGAUCGAAGGAUUACUUGCAGCAUUCCCAAAACUUGUUGGAACUGGGAAGCAGCACACUUAUCUUGAGACUGAAAGUGUCCGUUAUGUUUAUCAACCUAUUGAAGGCCUAUAUCUGCUGCUUAUUACAAACAAGCAGAGUAACAUUCUUGAAGAUCUGGACACACUGAGGCUACUAUCCAAGCUUGUGCCUGAGUACUCUUCUCUGGAUGAGGAUAGUAUCUGUAAAACAGCAUUUGAGCUUAUAUUUGCAUUUGAUGAGGCAAUCUCUCUCGGAAACAAGGAAAAUGUGACGGUGCAACAAGUCAAGCAAUACUGUGAGAUGGAAAGCCAUGAAGAGAAGGCGCAUAAGCUGAUGAUGCAGAGCAAAAUCAAUGAAACUAAAGAUGUCAUGAAGAAGAGAGCUAGUGAGCUUGACAAAAUCAGGAUGGAGAAAGGCAAACUUGACAAAGGAGGAUACUCAUCAAUAUCUGGUCCCCGUGUUAUUGAAAAAACUUUCAGUGACAUGAACAUUAGUGGUACUGGCUUUGGAAGUGGUUCUGGAUUAAGUGGAAUAGGCGCUGAUAUGGACUCGUUUGCGAGUAAACCCAAAGGUCGUCCGUCAGCUGCUGCUACUGCUCCUGGCAAAGGUUUUGGUAUGAAAUUAGGCAAAUCACAGAAGACAAAUCAGUUCCUAGAAUCUUUGAAAGCUGAAGGAGAAGUCAUUUUGGAGGAUGUACAACCAAGUGCAGUUUCUUCAAGGUCCUCGCCUCUUAUACCAAGCGAUCCCAUCACCGUGACUAUUGAAGAGAAACUUAAUGUAAUAGUUAAAAGAGAUGGAGGUGUUAAUAACUUUGAUGUGCAAGGAACCCUUGCUCUUCAGGUCCUUAAUGAUGCAGAUGGAUUUAUCCAGUUACAGAUCGAAAACAAAGAUGUACCUGGACUCAGCUUCAAAACACACCCCAAUAUCCACAAGGAGUUGUUUAACAGCCAGCAAAUUGUUGGAGCAAAAGAUCCAAACAGGCCUUUCCCAAGUGGUCAAAAUGAAACACCACUUGUGAAGUGGAGAAUCCAGGGGAUGAAUGAAUCGAAUUUACCUCUGUCAGUUAACUGCUGGCCCUCGGUAUCUGGAAAUGAAACCUAUGUCAACAUUGAAUAUGAGGCUUCAGAGAUGUUUGACCUGAACAAUGUUGUCAUAUCUAUUCCUCUGCCUGCACUUCGGGAGGCUCCAACUGUUAAACAGAUUGAUGGAGAGUGGAAGUAUGACCCAAGAAACUCUGUAUUGGAAUGGUCCAUCAUCCUUAUUGAUCAGUCAAACCGCAGUGGGUCGAUGGAAUUUAUUGUCCCCCCGGCUGACCCGUCAACAUUUUUCCCCAUCUCUAUUGGAUUUGCUGCUUCCAAUACUUUCAGUGAUUUGAAGGUCACUGGAAUUCAUCCUCUGAAGGAAGGCAACCCUCCAAAGUAUUCACAGAGGGUCCGUUUGGUUGCUGCGAACUAUCAAAUAGUCUAAAGCCAUAAUUAAAGCCGUUACUGCUGUUUCUUGUUAGUGGCACAACGAGUAUAAUUUUGCAUCAAAUUUGUUUAAAAAUGUGUGUGUUGGCCUGUCCCAUACAUAGCGUGUGGCACCAUUGAGAAAUAAAAGCAUGAAUUCUCCUGUA